AAUUGUACACACACUCCCGCUACUGUCUACAUAUGUACACUCUGGAGUCUGGAACCUAGAGUACAUACGCAUAAAUCUACGGGAGCUCUGAUUGGUUACUAUACCUACGGCACCGCCGUCAGUGUGAGAAAGAAAGCGUCAUAUAUAUAAAUUUUUAUCAAAAGCCUUGAGCACAUGAUAUGACCUCAUUGACAUUUCAAUUUUCCCCUUCCGUAUUCAUCAAUUUGGAGCCUGAGUAUGUGUUGACUUUUUGUGCCGUUUCCGCCGCCGUUCUGCUCAUUCUCGGACAACAAACAAACUGUCGUUGUCGUUCAGACAUUUAUGUUGUCCAGCACGUUGUGCCUUGCUGUUUCGUACCUGCGUCAUAGCCCGUGUUAACUGUCCAAAUGUCAAGUACUGGGUCGUCUGCUACUUCGUCUGAUGAACAUCCACAAACAGAUACCUCUUCCAAAGCAAACAUGAAUUCCACGCUCACUGCUCGUCCGACACAUAUUACCAUGCCACCUUCUCCGUUCUCAAGCAUGAACAUGGCAUAUACGCCUUCACCCUCCCAUAGGCCUGAAGAUCCCUUUGAAAGUCCCAUGUUUUCUCCUCUCAUCUUUUAUACUGCCCCUUCGACGCCUAUCGUCGAAUCACCGGCCUCUCAGGCGCCACCACAAUUCCAGGGCCAGGAUCCGAAUUCUCCUCCUCUAACGCCCGUGACACACAUCGCCAUACCUCACGUUCUUCCACCAUCUUCACAGUCUCCCUUCUCUCUUCAUACUCCACCUAAUGGUUAUCCCCCUACCAUAUCUUACCCUUCGCCUAGCUCAAUGCCUUCUCCUGAAAAUGUAGUGCAUUAUCCCGCAUCGCCGCAAACGACGGAUGACUCGUUUCCAGAAACCUCAGAGCCUGUAGAUGAUACUACUUUAGACGACGAAGGUCUGAGCACUUUGGAGAGGAUAUAUCUUUACUCUCGGAGCAAAUCGUCUUUCCAUCGGGUCUUCAUCGCCAGUGCCCUGCCCGAGUUACUCAAACAGGUGACUCCACAUGAGGCGAUCGAGUACGUUUUACCGCUAUUGAAUACUCUGGCGAUGGACGACGACGAGAUGGUCAAGGAGGCCUUUUCCUCAAAGUUAGUUACCAUCAUUUGGUGGUUUUUUACUCGUUGUCAAUUGACCCCGGGCGACAUAGUCGACGAGGACAGUCUGAACCCUCCUGAGUUCCAUGAUCACGAGGGUAUACCGACGAUUUCUGUACAGGCUUUCACCCCAAUCCUGGGAACAUUAUUGCUUAGCCCUAACGUAUUAGUGGGUGGGGCCACCAGGUAUGCUGUCGUUGCUUUAUUAGGACGGAUAAAACGAGUCAAUGCCAUGGAAUCGAAACCCGGAUCGGAUUCCCCGAAUGUGCAAAUUCCUCGUCUUAAUGAAGUCGCGAACUCGCAGAAUUUUUCGGUUGGCUCCCUUGCGGAAAUUGAUGAUGAAGAAGAAAUCGUCAUAGGUUACUUCGGUAAAGAAGAGCGCUCUCUUUUUCAGAAGGAGAUUCUGUUUCAAGUCGUCGUUGGCAUGGGUCGACUCGACAGCGACGAGCUGGAUGCUGAAUCUACUGGAGAACGAGAUCAACAUGCGAUAGGUAGCUCACCGUCAGAUUCUGGUGCUGCAUGGCAGACACAUACGGGAAGAACGGAUUUGGAACCACAAAUAGACAUUGUCAUUGACGAAGCGGAGGCCCCGACUCAGCAGCCACCGCAAGGAUUCCAGAUUAUCAGUCCCCAACGUGAGGCACCCGAUACCGAAUUAGCUCUCUCCCAAGUGGAUGCUAAGGCUAUAUCACAAACCAACAAUCCUUAUUUUCCACCGCUUCCAUCAUCUGGCUUUACACAUAUUAAAGUCACGUCCAGUGGGUCGCCGAUGAGUACAUCGAGUUCAGGAUCUUCAAGCUCCACUCCUAGCUCGACGACGGACACAAGUGCAAGUGGCUCCGAGUCUAGUUUUUCUCCACAUAGCAAUAUCUCGCCCAGGAUAUCUACUUCGUCUCCUUCUCCUAAUUCUUCAUCUAGCUCUACUGCAAGAGCCUCAAGUUCUCCUUCCAUGUCCCCACCUCCGCCCUUCCCCACCGGAACCGACACAACCCCGUUCGCCCGGCCAGCUUCUCCUUCGAGCCAUCGAUCCGACUUUGACAUGUUCUCCAGUGGAAGUACUGCUGAUCCAUUCAACUCCAACUCACCUGUCACACUGAACGGACUUUCUCCCCCUUCUAGCUAUAGACCCGAUAUUCACGCGUUUCCGCAUGAAAGUAAUUGGCCUCCCUCCCCAUCUCGGUUCCAGCGGCAGGACACAAACGCUUUUGGCGCAAACAUCUCAGCUGACGUGUCAAUGUCAUCGCCGAGCAUUAACAGUGACAUUCAAUCAUAUGAUGAACUUGAUGAAGAAGGAGAAUACGACCAAGCCACCAUUGGUCGUCUUAGUAGCAUGAGCCUUGUGGCCGCGGUAGCUGCGAGUGGAUAUUUGGAUGAUCAGUCAACCGAUAUUUUCGUGUCCGAGGUUGCGCGUGUUUCUCAGGAUCCUGUCUACUGGGUUCGCCGGGAAGCGUGCUUUGCUCUUGGAGCAUUAGCCAAGAUAGUACCUGCGGAAGUCGUUCAGCUCACCUUAUUGCGCACGUUACAGACUCUCGUCGUUGACCCAGUACAUCACGUCCGGCAUUCCUCGCUAUUUGCUCUUCCCACUAUACUCGGACGUCUCCCGUUAGGUCAGCGACGACAGAUGGCUUUGGACAUCAUCAUACCUAUGAGCAUGGACGAAUCAGCUGACGUACGUGCCGGCGUCCUCGAGGCACUCGGAGAGGUCAUCUACACGUUUCAUGAGGAGGAUAAGUUAAAAAUAGACCACAAUUUUGCUGACACUGAAAUGAAGGAGAGUCAGACUCCGCCCGAAGAGUUAUUGAAGAUGUUCCUUGGACGGACACAGGAUCGCCGCAUCAUAGACGGUCAGCAGCCGCUUGCCUUCGAAGAGGAGGAGCGGGUCAAGCCAGUUAGGCGUAUCGUUGACAAACAGAAGGCUUCGGAAGCUUUUUACACCGACCCCAACCGACCCUUAAUUUGUGCAUUUAAUUUCCCCGCUGUCGCGCUGACCGUUGGACGGACACGGUGGGCUUCUACCCUGCGAGAUACAUAUCUGUGGCUCGCUGAAAGCAGUAUCCCUGGGGUCAAGCGUACUCUUGCUGCAUCUCUGGGAGAAAUGGCGAAGAUAAUAGGCGAAGAUCAUGCUCAACAGGAUCUCUUGCCCGUCUGGGGUAAUGCGUUCCGUGUCCCAGAGGAUGAUGUGCGAUUGAAAUUGAUUGACUGCCUUGCGCCUUUUAUUGUCGCACUUCCGCGUAAUGGCCGGCUCGAGGUCUUCAAUGCGUUACUGGAUGCAUGGUCUUCGGGAGCCUUCACCUCGUGGCGUGAAAGGGAGGGUAUUGCAAAGAGCUUGAAUGAUCUCUUAAGCGUCGGCGGCUUAGAGGUGACACAGGUAGUCGCAAACUUGUUGAUGUACGCAUUAGCGGAUACAGUGAACACUGUAAGGGAGGCUGCGAUAACCAACCUUCCAGGUCUUUGGAUGACGUUCAAGGGCAGGAACUUCCUGGACGGUUUACGUUCUGACUUUUUAGCCAUGGCUCGUUCUGAAAUAUCGCGGAGAAGAAUGACAUACAUCGCUUGCCAGCAAGUCCUUCUUCUCCCCAGAUCAGAGGGGGGUGAUCCUCCAAUGAAAAUUGAUGACGAGCUAUGUCGUACUCUCUCAUCUCUUGCUUCUGAUCACAUUGUCGGCGUCCGUAUCGGUGUGGCCAGAGUAAUUGGGUUCAUCAACGACCAAUUGAGAAAGAACGCCAAGUCGGUUCCUGCAUCUCUUGUGGAUGUGAUCCAUGUUCUUUCCCAAGACAGCUCGAAUGAAGUAAGGUCAUAUGUUGCAGACUGCCUCGUCGAGGGUCCUCCAAAGGGUAGUUUGCAUUCUGGAAGCUAUCAAGAGAUUACCAAACUAAGAUCCGUGUCUGCCGCUGCGACUGCCUUGACCUUUUCGAGACCGCCUCCUGCACGGAAGAUGGUGUCUUUGGCUAGUUGAUGACGAUUUAUCCACCCUCAAAUAAGACCCCGCUCCGCGGUCGUGCACUAUCAGGGCUUCACCCAUUUAGCAAGCCCGAUUAUGUGGGAUGUGCACCGACAUGAUAACGCGGUUGUUCGUCGACGGUUGUGUUGCGCAUAGAGAUCCUGCUUCCUUGUGCUUUAGUAAUUAUUGUACAGAUACCGUAAUACAGACUUAUAUAUUGGAUUAUGGAUCAUGUUACAGCGUGUUCGGAAAAU